UGAGGAGCGCUGCCAACAAAGGCCGAGUCGAUGGGGUUACAAAAAGAUUGUUAAUUUGGACUUCAAAACCCUUUGUUGUUGUAAUUAUUAUUAUAAAUAGGUUGUGAAUCUGUGAUUACUGUUAAGAAAAAUGUGUAAAUGAUAUGAAACGUGACGACUAGCAAAGGAGUCAGCUGGUCCACAGUGCGAAUAGUGAAUAAGAAAUGGCGGCCUUGCCAGCAGGUGUUCAGUAUGGGUUAUCAUCAGAGUCUAGUUAUAAAGAAAAUAAGGAACUAGUGUUUGUGAAACUUACGGAUUCAGCUCUGAAAGCUAUAGAAGACUUUAUUAGGAAUAAUAGGGAUAAAUUGGCAAAACCUACGAUACAGUUCCUACCCGGAAAUGAAGGGAAAAUCUCAAUUCCGGCACCCGCAACUAGCAAUGGUCCGACUCAUGAAUCUACGUUUCACUUCAGCAUCAAUAGUAAUGCGGAAAUGGAGGGUCCACAGGGUUCGUUUGAGUGCGUCAGGAGCGGCGGCGCGCGGCGGCUGGAGGCGUGCGGGCCGCUGCCGCGACGGAUGCGCGUGCAGGCCAACGACGACUCGUACGAGGCCACCAAGGACCGCAUGGCGAGAACUGUGGCCGCCGAACAGAGUAAAUGCACCCGAGUGAUAAAACCGAACCAAACGGACAUCGGUCGGCGUGUAAAAGUGCGCUCCUCCCAUCCCCUAUACUCGUCCGGGCCCGCGGCGCUCGGGGCCGAGCGGUCCGAACGGCCUGACCGGCCCGAGCGGGUGGAUCGGCCCGACCGGCCUGAGCGGCCCGACCGGCCCGACCGGCCCGAUCGGCCCGAGCGGCCCGACCGGCCGUCGACGACGCGACCGGCGCCGACGCCCGCGCCGCACCCGGGCGCGCUGCAGCCGCAGCUCCCCAACCAGCCGCAGAGGCCCCCUCAAAACCCGCAACUCGCGAGGCGGUCCAUCAAAGAAAGACUUAUACAGUUAUUAGCAUUGAAACCCUUCAAAAAGCCGGAGUUAUACUUAAGGCUCAAUCAAGAGGGAAUCAAGGAGAAGGAACGCAGUGUGGUGAACAAGAUCCUGCCUCAGAUAGGCUCGCUGAAGGACAACUGUUAUCACUUACAUAGGCACAUAUGGAACGACGUCAACGAGGAUUGGCCGUUCUAUACCGAGGAGGAGAAACGCAUACUCAAGAGGCGGAAACCUCAAAAUCUAACACCGCCCGUGUCGAGCGACUCCACCAACUCCCUGUCGCCGCGCGCGUCCCCCGGCGCACCCGGCACCCCCGGCUGCAAGCGGCCGGGCGGCGGAGGGGGGGCGGGCGCGGGGCCGGGGCCGGGGCCGGGGGCGGGGGCGGGCGGGGAGGAGCCGCCCGCCGCCAAGAAGCAGCGCAUCUCCCACUACCGCCGCCCCAGCCCGCCCUCCUCCGGCUACGCCACCGGCAGCUCCGGCGCCUCCUCCGGCGAGCGCCACGCCUCCGACAACGAGGACGACCGGACCACAGUCAAAAAGGAUAACGGCUACACGCUCAGUUUUAACACUGUUAAGGAGCUUUGUCCGAGUCCUGUGAAGACGAACGGUUAUAGAAAUAGUCCCCCAGUAGAGCAAACUAGUAUCACAGAAAAAGACAUCACAAAUACGGAACCCUUAGAAAAUACUGAAUUAACGUCGGGGCCCGAUGAGACCAUGACUGAUGUGGAAGAGAUUGAAAGGCAAUACCCGCCAAUAACGAGUUCGAGUACGCGGAGAGCCUACAAGAACGAGUUCGCGGAACUAUACACCGAGUACCAAUCCCUAUACGCGCGCGUGGCGCAAGUGGCCAAACUGUUCACGUCGCUAGAGCUCCAACUCAAGCGCGCGCCGCCACACUCGCCGCACCAUCAGAGCAUAGAACAACGCAUCGUGGAAGAGUACCGGCGCGUGCAGAACGACGGCGAGUACCAGGCGCAGAAGCGCCGCGUCAACUACCUGCACCGCAAGCUCACGCACAUCAAGCGGAUGGUGCAGCAGUACGACCAGCUGCGUAACUUGAAGUCGGAGCGCUCGCGCGUGCCCAGCGCGAGCACGACGCAGGCGUACUGACGGCGCCGCGCCGUCUCGCCCGCGCGCCGGCUGUAGCGUCUCCGCCGGUACGACAGUGGUCACGGUCAGUACGAGUGCGAGCCGACAGUGAGUGCCUUGUGGAGUGCCAGUGGCAGUAGGAGCCGGGACAGUCCGCCAUCGUUCUAUUCUAAACUAAACAGUCCGCAGUCGUGGUCGCGUUUCCGAUCUAUUUUUACACAGUGCCAUUAUCGUUUGCAGAUUCGCAAUCGUGUGGACUGAACGCGUAAAUGUUUCGUUAAUGAUUUUAAGGAUUAUUAUUAUAGUUUUAGUGAUCGAAUUCCAUCUCAUCUUAGAACCGCGGUCGAGGUCCGAGCCGUUCGCGACGGUCGACAUAUCUGAUAUGGAGAUUAUUUUAAGUUUUAACGUUCUUCCAUUAAUUUUACACGACGCGCCGACCUCGGCCGUUCAGAAAUGUAACGCAUGACUUUCCCGUGGUGACGUUAACGUCUGCACCGUCACAAACUUCCGAGAACACGCAGUGCAUACAUAACGAUAAAAUUGUAAUUAUAAAAAUAGAGCAAAUUAUUUUACAUUACGAGCUUUUAUAUAAAUUCACUUCGUAUAUUUCUUUAUAUAUUUGCUGAUAUUCGCCCGCUUCCAGUGUUUAUAUGUUAAUUCGAGGGCGAUACGAUAAAGUGCCGUCGACAAAAAAGCUGUAUCGAAAAUGAAAUUAUAAUAUGAACUUAUUUUUAAUAUUUAUAAAUCCUGUCGAUCAUCUUCUUUAUGAAACUGUCUCUCGCUUUUAUAUACAUAAAUAUAUUGAAAUGUAUAUAUUAUACGUACAAUUCUACUUACAUAAUUAUUUUCUACGUCAGUAACUUACCAUAUUUCCAGUAAUAUCAUUUCAAAAUAGCAUACAGUAAAAGUGUGGGUCAUACGCAUUAAAUACCGUAAUCAGAUGCUGUAACACAACGUUCAACUUGCGUUAUGGCGCCAACGUUAACUUCUUAGAUCUAUUGCUUUGUGUAAAUUAUAUGAAUAGAAAAACAAAUUAUUAUCUACAUAAUAUAGUCCACUUGAUAUUUUUUCGUCCACAUUUUAUUCCAUUCGGAAAUAAUUGCCGUCUAAUGUUGUUGUUGUCCAAAUGAAAUUUGCUUAUACUGAUUAUUUAAUUAUUUUACUAUUACCAACAAUUUUGACAAGUCAAUUUGAAGACUAUUGGCCUUGGAAAACAAUUAUAACAUCUUAAGUCGGUUCGUAUAUUGUCAAUAUGGUCCACGAUCCUUUAGAUGCCUCGCCGUUUGGAAGGUUAAAUCCAUCUUCGUCCCGUCUAAGGAAUCCAUCCAUUAUAAGAUGGACGCUUGUUUUGUUUUAUGAUAUCUUGCCCAGGUUCGUGUUGUAUAUAGUAUUUAAAUCGAAUGUCCCGGUAUCCAUCGCGUGGCAUAUAUAAUAAUGUCCUUAUUGUGUCUGCACGUUUAUUUGUCUUCUAAUCGCCAUUGAACGAUCUUGUAAAUAUUAUAAAACGCUUUAAAGUUCUUGAGAUUGACGGUCGAUACUGACUGCUUUUAAGGUUUGAAAUCUGUUAAAAUUCAAUACAACUAGUUAGCAACAACCGGCCAGUGUGAAACAUCCAGUAGGAGUAAGAAAUUAUUUUGGUCCUCUUCGGAAAUACCCUCCAGAACACAAUAAACUUUUAGUACAUAUAUAGUGUGCUCGGGCGAGGCGGUGGUAGUUGGAUGACAUUUGUUCAUUGCGUUAUUAUUACUAGACACAGAAUAAAUAAUAGUACUAUGUAUAAAAGAGUCACUCUCUAACAAAACGCUUCUAUUACGACCGCUAGGUGGCGCAAGCGCGAACAGGCGUCCGUUCCGUAGCGGUGCGCGGAAAUUACUAUGGCUACACCCCAGAAUUGGGGGCGGCCGCAUGUACUUGUAGCGGCGCGACGAAAUCGCGGAGUGAGUCACGCCUGCUAUAGAGACGAUAUACCAAACAAUGAAAUAGGGUAUUUGAUUGUAUUUAAAAUAAUUUAUUUUACAUCAUGCAUGAAACAAAGUACCAGAAGAUUAAUAGAGAAACGUAGACAGCAGUUAUUUUUAGACACAAUUUUUAUUUUAAAACUCGUAUAAAACUAAAGAGUAGGUAAUUUGAUUGUGACGUGACAUGCUAGUGUUUCAUAUAAAUUCCAUAGUAGCAAAAUCGUUUUCACAGUUCGAAAAAAGAAAUUGAUUUGACUAGUAGCAGUAAUACCCUAUUGUCGCAAUCACAACCUGUACCACGCGACCAAAACGUCGUAAGCGCCGUAAAAAUUCAUGGCGCUUACGCAUUUAGGUCGCGAGAUUUACGCUCCGUUUCUAUGGCUUGAUACCAAAACGCCAGCUACUCGUGGCGCAAAAUACUGGUUCUCUGUGCUGAUUCUAUACGUUAGUAAUAAUAGUUCAAUGAAUUUGUUGGAAAAUCUUAAGUCACAAUAUACAUACUUGCACGACAACCUUUAGCCCUCAACUCCCAGGAGUCUAAAUUUGCCAGUAAAAAACCGACCAAAUCUAAUUAAAAUACUGUUGAAAUUCGUUUGUUAAAGAAUCAAAAAUUAACUCAAAAUUUUCCUAAUAGGGUUAAAGGUUUGUCAUAUUAUACGUAAGAACUUGGCCACCGCCGCCAGCCCGGGCGUGAGGAGAGCCGUCUUGCAUAUUUUGUCCUGAUGUUAACGUCCAUAUUGAAAUGAUUUAUAGCGUUAAGUAACUCUGAUUUUAUUGUUGAGCGGCAACUUCGCAGGUCCAGCUCAUUCCAAACGCAUAUGAAUCAAUUCUAAGCGCCAGAAGCGUCCUAAAUUCUAAUGUCAUUUAAUGUACAUAUUAUAUAUUUCUUUGUUAUUAUAUGCGUAUACGUAUUAUUAUCAUUGUAACAUAAUAAGUAUGAUGCAAGCAUGCAUAGGUUUACGAAACCUUGUUGAAGGAUACUGUUUCGGUUAAUUUUGUCAAUUAUUGUGUCAAAAUGAAGUUGCUAUUGUUUGACUAUAGGUAAUUGUCAAUUGUUUUGGAGCUCGCACGAGCGGCUCCAUUACGACAUGCAAGUUGGUUAGUCAAUUCAACAAUUGCGCUGGCGGCCUUUAGUUGCUCAGUUAAUAGUUGUCGUUUUAAUUGCUUUUUACUCAUUAAAAUGCUCAAUGUUUGUGGUCAUGAUAUUAGAUAAUUUUCGUUGGAUUUUUAUUUAUUAGUAUUUAUUUCACUAUCAUUGUAAAUUUCUACACUUUGCCCUUUUCGCGUUUUAUUCAUCAUGACAUCGCUUGCCCUUCUCACAUUUAAAUUCAGUAUCGAAAUGAUGAAUAUCAUCACAAUGGUAAUAAAAUGGUAAUAGGAAACUCAAUCAAAUCGAUAGGAACAAACGUUAAAAAUGUUAUUGUUACCACUAGUUUAAGCACUGAAUUGUUUUAUUAUAAUUAUUUGUUUCACAAUGAGAUACUGAUUGCUUGUGUUAGUAAUUUCAGGGAAAUUGUUAUUUAUUGAAGUGGAUAUUGUGUAAGAUGCAUUCCAUUUGUCAGAACCGUUGAUUAAGCACUGUUCAUUGACGCACGUGAUUCAUGAUCAUGACUAGUGUAUGAGAACUAGAAGUAUAUUUUUACAAAGAUUGAAUAUCCUCUCGUAGACGAAGCUGGUCUGUAAUCUGCUUGACGGGAACACGAGACUAGCUAGUGCCGAUGCCGCCAUGUUGGCCCGUCCGCGUCUCCUGUUGCUGUCAAUCUAACAUCGACUCCUUUCAAAGAACAAUAUUUUGUAUGAGAUAAAUAAGAUAUCCCUAAUGUUGAAAUUCGAUACAUUGUCACAAAGGGAGGAAGAAAACGUCAAAUGUUGCUCGAUUGUUACCGAUUAAGUAAUUAGGAAGUUAUGUAUUUUGUCAUAUUUCUUAUACAAAGGAAAAAUAUCUCAAUGAAAUAUCAUAGUCCAAUGUAUAUAUUUAGAGUCUAGUAUCACAUCUUUUUAAACUGAGUUAGAUCUAAUUCCAGAUAUGUAUUGUUCUUUGCGGCAUGACAAACGCGCCACGUCGAUGGUGCGUUCACGAGCUUGACGAGAUGAACGUAUGUAUGUAGCUUCCUUCAAGCGAGUGAACGCACCACAUUUGUCGACCGCGAGUCACGUUGACCCCAUUAUUAACCAAGCAAUGAAUCGGGCCUAUUUAUAUGAUACAGAAUAUUGUUAUCGGGUGGCUAAUUUGUCAUGUGCAAACUUAAAGCGUUAUAUUAGCUGAUAUCGUAGCGGCUAAGGCGGGCGUUACAUAAAGAUCCUUACUUUUAUUUUUAGAUAUAGUUGAGUUUGCGUAUUCUGAUCAAAUGUUAUUGUAAAUUUGGUGUACAGUAGAGUACGUGGAACGGAGCGGGGGGGUCGCUGCGUCUCUCCACAUGCCACAUGUAUAUAGUAUACUAUAGACCGUCGCCGUGACCGCAGCGGGCAGCGGACGGAGCGGAGUGAGCGGCCGCGGAACGAUGCUGCGAUAUUCCUUGUGCCCCUCGAAAUAUCACUGCAUUACACGAGUCAAGAUGUAUAGACGAUGCGGUAUCGGUAGUGUUAUUGUGUAUAGAUGUGUUUAUACAAGCUCGAGUCGAGACUUGCCAGCCGGUUCGAGCGAACGACGACUUGCUAUGAAUCCUGACAUCGGCUCACGUUAAUUAGCUUUUAAAUAUUUCAUCAAAAUAUAAAAUACACAAAAAAAAAAUGGAUAUAAAUUUCUCGACCAAGUACUGGUUGUUUUUAAAUUAUUAAAAUGUAAAAAAAAAUUAGUGUAUAAACAAGUGUACAAUUUAUGAGUUAUACUUUUCUUUUCGGCAUUUCAUGUAACAGUGGAAGGGACCGGUUCCGACUGCGGUCGAGGGCUGCAGCCCUGUUGCGAUCCUACACUCUCGAAACUUAUAUGAUUAUGUUUGCAAUUACUGUUGCUCAUAUCCCUCUUCCAUUGCUUAAUUUUUGUUUUGUCAACUGACUAAGUGUAAUAUAUAUAAUUUUGUUAAGGCAGGGUAUAGAAGAGGUACUUUUAUAAUUUGAAAUGCUUGAUGAUUUGUUUGAAUGUUUAAAAUUGAGUUGAUUUUAUCCAUUAUGAAGGAAGUCCCGAUUAGUUGUUUUUUUUUUAUAAUUUGGAGUUCGAAUGAGGCAGCGGAUUAGAUUAUAAUUGUCAAGUUACCACAGAUACAAUAGUCAAGAGGUAGGCUCUCUUUGGCGUUGCCUUAACUGUUUGAAGCCGUUGGUUUGGGUCGCGAGCGACCCGCAGCGGGUAGUCAGUAUUACACCACGCAAAUCCCUUGAGCUGAAGAGAGGUUGUGAAACGUAUCGUUAUAAAAGGUACCUAUUUAAAAUCUGGACAAACAGACUAACUUUUAAAAGCAAUGUUAAUUUUUAUCGAUUAUGGGAUCAGUGCCAAACUUUUUCUCUUUCUUGUUUAGCUCAAAAUGUUGCUGUUUGGUUAGUCUGCCAUUUUGUGAAUAUUUUGUUUUGAUAGUAAUAUGUAAAUCUUUUAUAAUAUAUUUGUUUACAAUAAAUAAAUGACAACAUUAUAAAUAAAUAAAAUUGUAUUUUCCAUUUAAACUGAUGAAAAAAAUAUAAAAAGAAUAAUAUGCAAAGAAA